CCGCUCCUGUCUCCGCUCGGGCUUUUCUGCUGCCACUCGGGACCCCGGUUGUGUAGAUAGUGGAGGCAAAGAUCAUGGCUUCUCCGAGGACAAUAACGAUUGUUGCCCUUUCCUUCGCUCUUGGCCUUUUUUUCGUUUUUAUGGGCACUAUUAAGCUUACGCCGAGAUUAAGCAAAGACGCCUAUAGCGAAAUGAAACGGGCAUAUAAAAGCUAUGCUAAGGCCCUGCCCGCUCUUAAGAAGAUGGGCAUCAGCUCGGUCCUGCUGCGGAAGGUCAUCGGCACGCUGGAGCUGGCCUGCGGGGUGGUACUGACCCUGGUGCCUGGCCGACCCAAGGACGUGGCCAACUUCCUGCUGCUUCUGGUCAUGCUGGCCGUGCUCUUCUUCCACCAGCUGGUGGGCGACCCCCUGAAGCGCUAUGCUCAUGCCCUGGUCUUCGGCAUCCUGCUGACCUGCCGGCUCCUCGUCGCCCGGCAGGGCGAGGAGCGGCUGGAGGUGGAGGAGAGCCAGGAGGAGCAGAUCAACCCUCAGGAGAAGAACAAAGUCAAGGUUUCCUAGUGAAGAAGGUGAAGGUUUCCUAGCCCCCAAGCUGACCUGGCCUGACUCACCCCAGGAAGAAGCAAGGACGUCCUUUAGGAUGAGGGAAACAUGGAUGAAAAUGACCGUUGACCCAAAUUCAUUCCCACUCCCAGAGCAGCAAUCACACUUUUUAUGAGUUCAUAUCCCACACGAAAGUAAGAAAAUAUUUGUCUGUCUAUUCUGAAUAGUUCUGAAUAAUAACCCUCUGAAACUCUCUUAAUCUUUCAUAGCUAGGAUAAAAUUUAAGCUUGCUGUCACAAUUGACUUUUAUGAGUGAGGUCCCGGCUUUGUGAAAAGCUGGUGCAUAUUAAAAUUUGUUCAGUCUGCCUGGUAUGUUUUGAAAGGUCUAAAUUUUAACAGUUUUAAAAUCUGUGCUCAGUAUUUAAUUGCACAUUUGAUAAAACAUUGUAUGUUGCUUCUAGACUAGUCAAUACUGGAUGCGAAAGGGAAUAAAUUUCUUUGGUCUCUUAAUUGCUAGUUUUUCUUUUUUGUUCAAUGUAAUCAUCUUACAGUUCUGUGCAUGUAAAUGAAAAACUUGCUUACUCGUGCCAGAAUUUACCAGUUUUGGGUUUUUUUUUUCUCUACAAACAUACAUAUUUUACCAUGUUAACAAAAAUAGACAGUUCCCGUUUGUAUGUAAUAAAGCAGAAUACCCAAAGUACAAUACUAAGAAAAUAUAGAUUGAUUUAAUCUAUAACUGCCUUUAAAAUGCUCCAUAUUUUUUGGCAGUCAGAAAUCCAAAAGGUGAUGUCACUUGAUGAGCAUUAGUUACUCAGAUUCUUAUAAAAAAGAAAAAAUGCAGUUUCAUAAGCAUAAUUUACUGCUUACCAUGAGUUUGUCCAAGAAAGGUAUCAGAAAAUGGAUGGAUAUUUUAUUGUACUUUGCUGUACCCUUAAUGACAGGUCUCCGGCUGGGAUAAGCACUGUUUUAACCACUGUUUUUUGCAUUAUCUCAGGUUAAAUAGCUAUACUGAAUUCUCAGGUUAAAUAGCUAUACUGAAUUGCACUGAUCUUGUUUUUUUUUUGGAAUGGAAUGAAACAUAAAAAUUGUGCAACAGAACAGAGAGCAGAAUAAAGAAAACUAAAGGAAGUACGAGUGUGAAAUUUAAGGGUGUGAAUUUAAAGGUAAAAUGAGUUUUUGAUAAAAAAAAACAUAAUAUGUGAAUAUAUCUUAAGUAUUAUACACAAACACACACACACACACACACACAUACACACACACACACAUAUUAUUAGAUUACUUGGUAUUUCCAGUUGAUUAAGGCCAAUUCAGACCAGAAUGUGGUGUGUAUUUUGAACUGGGCGAUUCCUAACCUUAAAUCUGUAUAAUAUCUACAGUGUAAUGUUUACCGUUUUUUCUAUUAUGGCUAAAUUCAUUACACACUGGUACUGAAAUAUUUAGAAGUAUCAAAUAAAAUAUGUUGUAUCUUUAAUCUGCAGGUGAUAUUUCUGAGAACAUUGCAGGAAUGACUGGCUUUGCUUGUUUGUGAAUAAAUGAUUGUGCAUUUUAGUGCAGCUACUUGG